AUGGGCAGUCUUCAACCGUGGGAGGAGAUAGUCGCAAAGAAACGCGCUUUGCGUGACCAGGCCCUCAAGCCGUAUCUCGUCUCCGAUAUUGACAGCCGGUCACCCCAGAUUCGCUCUGUUCAGGAUUGCUCUUGUCUAGAAGAUGAUCCACUGGUCCAGGAAAUUACAGACAUCAGUAGCAUUCCGAUCCUGGUCGAGCAACUCCAGAAAGGCCGCUAUUCUGCCGAGCAAGUCACUUCCGCGUACAUCAGAAGGGCUACUGUAGCUCACCAACUAACGAACUGCAUUACAGAAGUCAUAUUCGAAGGUGCCUUGAUUCAAGCCCGAGAACUUGACCAGCUGUAUAAGGAGACCGGCCAGCUCAAAGGGCCUCUUCACGGCGUGCCAGUUACAGUCAAGGAUCAGUUCAACGUCAAAGGCUAUGACUCGACCAUCGGCUAUGUUGGCCGGUCGUUUUGUCCUGCAUCCGAAGAUGCAGUUUUGAUUCAGGUGCUGAAAAGUAUGGGGGCCAUUAUCUUGGCUAAGACAAACCUACCGCAGAGCAUCAUGUGGGCGGAGACUGAGAACCCUCUCUGGGGUCUAACUGUCAAUCCUCGAAACCCUGCAUUCACACCUGGCGGCUCUACUGGUGGCGAGGGUGUAUUGCUCGCAUUGCAUGGGUCUAUUUUGGGGUUUGGCACAGAUAUUGGCGGUAGUGUUCGGAUCCCUCAAAGCAUCAUGGGCUCGUACGGGUUCAAGCCAAGCAGCAGCAGGUUGCCAUACUGUGGCGUCCCCGUCUCCACGGAGGGCCAGGAGCACGUUCCCUCAUCUGUUGGCCCAAUGGCCCGGAAUAUCCACUCUAUAUGCUAUAUCAGCCGGCUCCUAGCUAAUGCUCGGCCGUGGGAUUUAGAUCCGAGAUGCGCAACUCUCUCGUGGAAUGAAAGCGUUUUCCGGGAUAUGCAGUCGCGACCAUUGGUAAUAGGCCUAAUCCUGGACGAUGGUGUGGUUAAGGUACAUCCUCCUAUUGAACGUGCGAUUGGGGAACUUGCAGCCAAGCUCGAAGCGAAUGGGCAUGAGCUCAUCACCUGGGACGCCUCAGACCAUCUGAGCUAUAUCAACCUUAUGGACCGGUACUAUACUGUUGACGGAGGAGAGGAUGUCCGUCGCGAUGUCGCUGUCGCCGGAGAGCCCUUCAUCCCUCACGUUGAAGCAUUGGUAAAUCGGGGAAAACCAAUAUCCGUCUACGAGUACUGGCAGAUGAACACGGAGAGAAAUAAUCUGCAGAAGAAAUAUCUCGACAAGUGGAAUGCAGCCCGUUCACCGUCUGGAAGGCCUGUUGAUGUCCUGCUUAGCCCGACAAUGCCACACGUUGCGGUGCCUCACCGGAGCGUGCGCUGGGUUGGGUAUACCAAGAUCUGGAAUCUUCUCGACUACCCUGCCAUUACUUUUCCCGUGGAUGAAGUCAGGGCUGGCAAGGAUGUACAGCCGCCGGACUACCGGCCGAGAAAUGCGCUUGAUGCGUGGAAUUGGAACCUCUACGACCCGGGUACUAUGGACGGGCACCCGGUUAACCUGCAAAUUAUCGGGAAGAGGCUGGAGGAGGAGUGUGUACUAGGGGCUGCCACAGUGAUUGAGGAGAUUUGGCGUAGUUAUUAG